CAAAUUCCUCAAAUUUAUAAUCAUCUCUUCAAACAAAAAACAAAAGAAAGAAAAUGAGAAGCACGAGAGAGACCAUUAUGCUCAUUACAAUGAUGAUAGUGAUGGUAAUGGGGAACAUUAUGGCUCAGACACAAGCUCAAGACACACUUUCUUUUAGAAAUUGUUAUCCCGGUUGUAUUGAUAGUUGCGCCAUUGAGAAACAGUUACCAAAAUUACUUUUGUGUCCGUUCACUUGUCUUCUUACUUGUCUUGCUCCUCCAACAUCAAAUAUUUCUUCUCCUCAUUCUCAAAUGAUUUUGGCAAAGGAAAUCGAUCAUACUGAUUAUUUUUGCAAGCUUGGUUGUGCUACUCAUCAUUGUAUUUCUCUUUCAUCUCUUAGAAAUCCGAAUGCAGAGAAGAUUGUGGACUGUGUGGAUUCAUGCUCAGACAAAUGCUCCAACAAAAACUAAAAGCAAUAAUAGUUAUUCUUAUCAAGAUAAAAAAAAUCAAUGUUUAAAUAUCAAAAGAUAUGAACUAGUAUAUUAGUAUAGUUUGUAUCACUACAAUAUGCAAUUCAAAUAAAUAUCUAUUUCAUGAUUGAA